AUGUCAAUCCCACCCCUCAUCAGCCAUCUCCCAGAGGAACUACUACUUUCAAUCUUUGCGCUUCUCGACAACAAGCCCCCUUCCAUAACCAAGUCAAGACAGGAACCAAGCUUGGAGCUCACAUGGUCAAACAUCCAUGUCUUGAAAGACAUCUCCUCAGUCUCGCGAAGCUGGCGGAGGAUUACACUCCCUCUGCUCUUCAGAUUCACGCGGUCACUGGAUGAUCCAACAAAGGGAAUUAAAGAUGAGAAGAACUUUUUGAAUUUUGUUCGGAAAAAUGCUUUGAAUGUUCAGAGCGUGGUUCUAUCUAUCAGGAAGCUCGAGGAGCAAGAUCGGCCUCCACCCUCGCAAGAUAAUGUUAAUCUAGAUGUUGCUCGCUUUUGGCAGACUUUGCUGCGUGUUACCAACGCGAGUCGUAUCGUCAUUCUGGCGCCACCGGCAGAACUGGCCCGUCUGACGGAAUGCACUAUUGAUCUAUCCACUGAAUGGGCUUUUGAGGAGAUGGACUACCACCUUCUCGAAUUGAGAUGCGAGAUUCCUUCGAGUGCGCGGAGUACAGAGCAGACUUUUGAUGCAGCUGUCAGGUCGCAAAGUAUGCCUCCCGAUCGGAGCUUGAACAGAAUUGCGGCAAACAGCAUUCUGAUGUUGAAACCUUGGUCGCAUCUUGCAUUGAACGAAGGGUCUUUCUUGAGGGCGUACAGUACGUACGAGUACUUCGAACGUGGCCCUCCAUCCUUGGUACUGUCAAUUAUGAACUGCUUCGCCGCGCGGGAACGACAUGCGGUGUCAUGGUCGUCUCUCCGCUCAUUCUCGUAUACAGCCAUACUGCCUUUUGCUGACCACCUCGACUUCCGAGCGAUUCUCCCACAUCUCGAUGAAUUGGACAUCCAACUGGCGCCGGAUGCAACUUCAAACAUUCUCAACGACAAGUCUAGAAUCGGAAGAGCGCAGAUGGAAGAUUGCUGGCAGGAACUCAGAGCGGCGUAUAGAUUGAGUGAGUCCUUUCGCAUCAUGUAA